AUGUUAAACUACACGAAUUGGAUGAUUUUUCCGAUGGAUCAGAACGACGACGUUAUCUACAUCCUGAUCCUGUGGACUGUCGGCAUUAUCGUGAUGCUUGGUAUGGCGCUUUUCGGGAUUUUUGGCCGUGCUUCAUUCGUUGAAAAAGUACCAGUCGCUGCUCAGCUCGAAGAGCUACAACUCACACCGCUAGUUUCUCACGUCGCUGGUGCUCCAGUGCUGGAUCGUAUGUCGAUUAGCGACGCCACUUUCCCGUUUACCGUAUAUUUUCUGCCGGUCAUGGUUGCAAUUGUGAUUUUCGUGUUGGGAUACGAUAAUGCUCAAAGCAUGACGUACUGGUGCUCGGCGAUUUUCGGCACCCAUUCUAACGUGAACGUGUUGGUGAUGCUGACCGUGACGCGGCCGUUCCGCUUGGCAAUUCUACGAAAGAUACCGUACUUUAAGAAUCGACUAGCGGAAGAAACGUCAAAUACCAAUUCGUUGUCGCGAGCCCUGCGGGAGGAGGCGUCGGGGUAU